UCCCCUCUGCCAUCAGAUUCCUGAAUGGACAUUGAACCCGUGAACACCACCUGACCAACGCGACAAAGUCUGCAGUUGCUGGAAACCCACACACCCAGCUGGAGGAACGGCAGCGUAUCACCGCGGCGUAGGCCGGUGAUCGUGGACCGGCCCCCGGGGACGGAGCCGACCGGGCUGAUUCGCUGCCGGCCUCACCCCGCCCGAGGGAGCCGGGUCUCCGGUGAGGGGCUGCGGGCUUGCCCCGCACGGACUCCGGGCAAUGGGGGAGCUGGGCGACGAGCUGCGGACAGACCGGGCCAAAAGUUUCCUGCUGCUGGAUGAGGAGGAGCAGCUGCUGGUGGCGAACGAGGAGAGCUUCCUGGAGCGACUGGGGGCCGUGCCAGGGCAGACGGUAAAGGUCCUCUCUAUCUUCGGGAACACGGGCGACGGCAAGUCGCACACCCUGAACGCCGCCUUCUUCGGGGGCCGGCAGGUCUUCAGCACCUCGGACAGCCAGAGCUCCUGCACGGCGGGGGUGUGGGCAGCCCUCCAGCCCUCGCUCUCCCUCCUCCUGCUGGACACUGAGGGCCUGCUGGGGGCCUCGGCUCAGCCGGCCCGGCAGAUGCGCCUGCUGCUGAAGGUGCUGGCCGUUUCCGACGUGGUGGUCUACCGCAGCCGCGCCCAGCGCCUUUGCAACGACCUGUUCGGCUUCCUGGGAGACGCCUCGCGGGCCUUUCUCCGGCACUUUGCCAGCGAGCUCAGGGCCGUGUCCGUUCGCUGCGACCUGGACAUGCCCCUGUCCAGCCUCGGCCCCGCAGUCAUUAUCUUCCACGAGACUGCCAACACCAACCCAUUGGGCAGCGAUUCCCGGGUCCCCGGAGGUGCCGAGCAGCUGCUCCAGAAGCGGUUCCACGAGCUGGGCCUGUCCACCGACGCCUUCAACUCCAUUGAGUACGUUGGCACGAGGACCGCGGGCGGGCCCACGGACUUCAGUGGCUUCCUGCGGGCGGUGCGGCGAUGUGCGGGCAAUGCCUCCACCCGCUCCCGGAGGGCCCCAUCUGUGGUGUACUGGGCACUGAAGGCCCUGAGCGACCGAUUCAACGGGGAGAUUAGCGAUGAUCGACUCCCAACUCUCUCCUUCUUUCCCGAUGAAUAUUUCCGGUGUUGCACUACCUGCCUCAGCUGUGGGGCCCGGUGCGGGCAAAGUAUGAACCACAUGAAGGAUGGCAUUCCUCACGCUGCCAGCGAGCGCUGUCGCUUCACGCACCAGUACAACAACAAGGUGCUGAUCUGCAAGACUUGUUUCAAGCACGGCCUCGAGGUGACCGUCAGCCCCAAGACCUCUUCCUCCACAGACGGCCAGUGGCUCGGGUUGGCCACCUAUGCCUGGUCAGGGUAUGUGCUGGAAUGUCCAAACUGCGGGAUUAUCUAUCGCAGUCGGCAAUACUGGAUUGGGAACCAAGACCCAGAGGGCUCGGUUGUGCGUGCGGAGCUGAGGCACAUCUGGCUGGGGUGUGAAUCGUGGCUGAGGGGGAGCAGUAACAGAGCUCGGGGGAUGCUGGACAACGUGUGCAACGUCAUCCAGUCCGUCAGCGAGUACGGCAGUGGCCCAACUCGGGCGCUCACGGCCUGGCUGACCGACCACGUCGCCCCGGACUACUGGAUCCCAAACUCCCAGAUAACCGAAUGCCACCAUUGCGGGAAGGCGUUCGGACCCGGGGAGCGGAAACAUCACUGCCGGGCAUGCGGGGAGGGGUGCUGCGACUCCUGCUCCAGCGAGAGCAUGCCCGUCCCAGAGCGCGGCUGGGGCACGGCUGCCGUCCGCGUCUGCGACAGCUGCUUCAGAGCCAGGGGCAACGGCACAGGGAAGGUGCUGCCCGCGGAUGGUAGCGGAUUGCUAGCACGCAGGAUCACUGAGAUGGCCCAGAGCACUCUGGAGGUGAUGUCUUCAGCCGUCAAUUAUCCCCUUGGGCUGGUUAAGGAUGUGGCCAGGCCAGAUUACUGGGUGCCUGACAACCAGCUCACUGAGUGCCACCGGUGCGGGAAGCCCUUCACGGGUACCACCUCCCGUCACCACUGCCGGGCCUGCGGCCGAGGCUUCUGCGGCCCCUGCUCCCCCGGCCUGCGGACGGUGCCCUCCAGGGGCUGGGUUCACCCUGUCCGGGUGUGCGUGGACUGCAGCCAGAAGAACGGGGAUCUGUGAACCCGGGGCGGGACCGUUGACCCCUCCCACCUCGAGGGACGAGACUCGCGAGCAAUCCUGGGCUCCCUGCAGGUGAUUGUUUGCUACCCUGGUGGCUGAUUGGUGGGAAUACCCUGGCGGUCCCGCCAGCACUGGAAGAACACAGUAGGUCAGGCAGCAUCCGCGGAGGGGAGCGAACAGUCGACGUUUCGGCCCUAGACCCUUGACAGGAUCCGUUGGGAGCGUGAGCAGGCGCAUCCUUGUAUGAGCAGAGAGAAAAGGAUUGAAGCCAGACUCUGGGCAUCCAGAUUGUGAGCAGGAUCCGGAUUCCGCUCCAGCGACUUGGUCCAGAUUCCCAGAUCGGGAUGACAAACAGGAACCCGGACUCCGCACCAGCCACUUGGUCCAGAUCGUGAUCCCAAUCUGCAUUAUGCGGGGGAAUCUGGACUCUGUACCAGUGACUGGGUCCACAGUACCGGAUCUGGAUUAUAAGCAGGGAUUUAGUCUGUGUGCCAGCAAAUUGGUCCGGAUUGUGAUCUCGGAUCCGGAUGGCGGGCAGGUAUCUGGACUCUGAGCUGGCUUGUGAACCAAAGCAGUGUGCUUACACGUUCCUGGAGGGUUUGACAAGCUGGAACUCUCUGGGUCUUUCCCCCCCCACUCUCUUUGAACACACUGGAUUCACUGAAAGAUGUAUUAUACUGCUAUCAUGUUUAAUGUGAAAUAAAAGUCUGUUGGAGUUUAUUAGAAUCAGCAUCCGUAAGAAUCUGCCGGUCUUGCUGGCCCUGGAAGAUAGUGAUGCAGUAACAGAAGGUAUAGUACAGGUGGACAAAAUGCAACGAGAUUCAUUGGGAGAUCAAACAUUCAUCUUUAUUCUACAAGAGGUAUGUGCAAGCAUGCUCUAACAGCGGGGUAGAAACUGUCCCCGAGCCUGGUGGUCCCGAGUUUUAGUACCUGAGGGGGUAGACCAGAAAAUGAGUGGGUGGGAGAUGAGGUGACCGCUGUCUGGGUCACCCCAUGCAAGAGGGGGCCAGGAGUCCGAUUGGACAGUGACGGAGGUUUGAGAGCGUGUGGGACAUGGUCAGCCCAGCACUCCCUGCUUUUUCUCUGGUGGGAUUCGAAAGGCAGAGCAACGCGCGCACACAACGCUGGAGGAACUCAGCAGGUCAGGCCACGCCUUUGGAAAGAAAUAGUCGGUGUUUCGGAGCAAGGCCCUUCGUCAGG